CACAUCCCAGCCUAUCCAGAUGAGGUUUGAAGAAGUACAGAGGUAAACUCUGGACGGACCUAUAGCUGAAAGUGUGACCUCAACUUUCAGAAACAUCACGGUAACGUUAGGACAAAUACCCCGCUGCCAGCGAGAAAUACUGAGUCAUUCAAAUCAAAAGAAACAACCCGCCCUUAACAUACGGAAACAAAGAGCUGAGUGAGAUACACGGGCGUUCUCCUCUCAGUUGGGAAUGUUAUUUCCAAUACCCCAGAAUGGAAAAGGGUUUGAUUCCAGGCAGGCACACAAUAUAGGAUGAGUUCCCACUGACUGCGAGAUGUUUCACACCGUCACAGGAAAUAUAUUCCGGAUAAAUAUCGAUUUAAAGGGCGGGUCCAGCUUCGUUUCUCAGCCAAUGACAGUGGGAACUGUCUGUGGGAGGUGCUCGCGGCCGCAUGUUUACAACUUCAGUUCUACUUUGUGAUAAACAGAGCUGGAGAGAGAGGGGAGACUGAAGGGGUUAUGUCUUUAGACAGACAAUGGAGUAUCAUUGUCCCCCUGAGUCCUUCUCAGAUGCUUUUGUUGUGGAAUGUUGGGUGUGGGAUGUUAAUGCAAAAUCACCAGCAGUACAACUUCCUCCUUGUCGGAGAGCAGUUUACUUCCACAUUGAUCCCGUCUUGCAAAGUGAAGGUACAGCUGGAGUGAGAGGAACAAAAGGCUUCAUCCAUGGAGAACAUUAUUGGGAAGUUAAGUUUCUUGAACCUCCAUAUGGUACCUCUGUGAUGGUGGGUGCUGGAACAAGAAAUGCACAUCUUCAUCUUGGUAAUUACACAUUUAUAAACAUGCUCGGGAUGGAUUCCGAAAGCUGGGGCUUAUCCCACAAAGGUAUAGCCUGGCAUGGUGGCCACAGCAGGCAAUAUACUGAACCAUUUUAUGAGAAAGCCACAAUCAUAGGAGUUGACCUAAAUCUGUAUGAUGGUACUAUGACCUUUUAUAAGAAUGGACGUAAUUUAGGUGUGGCAUUCACCGGCCUCAAUAAGGUUGGAGUACCCCUGUAUCCCAUUGUCAGUUCCACAACUGCAGAAACAGAACUUCAGCUUGGGAUAAGAAGCUGUCGGCUCAUGUCACUACAGGAGCAGUGUCUGUACACAGUCGACGAGCACCUAAUAGACAAAGUUCACAUUGACACACUGCCACUCCCUGCCUACAUCAGAGGACAACUUAAAGAAUUUUCAAAGUAAUCACUGAGAUGGGAUGUAAUUAUUUUAGGAAGAUUGAAGGAAGUGCCUUUGAUGUCCUGCCAGACUGAAGUCAUUCAAAAUUACUGAAUUGAUAAGAACUUCCUCUUUUAUGCCACGAUAUCAUUGUUAACUCGGCAAUAAGUUACACCUUAGAAAGGAAAUUUAACUUAUUUUUUUAAUGGCAUUGUAAGUCAUAACUGUUAUUGAACAACCUCUAUGGCCCAGGCAAAUUAAUUUUAGAAUGGCGUAGUAUCAAAUGUUUCAUUAUGAUAAAAAUUCUGUUGCUUUCAGAUAUAAUAUUUUUAAAACUUUUGUUCAACAUUUCAACUUCUAGUAUGUAUAUCCCAACCUUGCUCUAAAGUUUAUAAACAGCGAAGGUUAAUCAGAGUUCAGCACUUUCAGGUUGGCUAUCGCGGUGAGAAUUUCUCGAUGUGAUUGACUGCUGACAUCAGUGCUGCUAGAUGCCUGGAGAUCUCUUUGAAUUGACUCUGAGAAAUGUGAAAUCCAUUUUUUGUUUCAGAUUGUUCAAUCUUUGUGUGUAACUUUUUUCUAGGUCAAUGAAUGUUAUCACUUUUCAGCUGAUUGGAAAAUCCAGGCUGAAAUGGAUAGUUAUGAUCAAUGGACCUGAGUGUGGUGAUGUUUUCAAGUCAAAACAAAGAGAACUAAGAAGUUUACAAUGAUAAUGGGAACUGCAGAUGCUGGAGAAUCCAAGACAAUAA